CUGCAAGCUUGGUCCCUCAACCACUGCCAAGGUCUGAAUUAUCUUUAUUGGACAGGUGAGAAGACUGAGUCACAGAAUCACCUGAGUGGCUGAGUUGCAAGUGCAGAUCUGAGGUCAGCUACAUACCCUGUAGAGAGAGGAAAAUCUGCCGAGCUGCAGCCAGUGCAGAGGCUGCUCUGUGCAGGGCUGUGGCCUGGACAGAGGACGCGUGUCAGGCAGGGUCCUCGCAGAUGCUGCCUGAUGGCCAGAGCUGAACAGCAGCGCCUAGCACAAGCCACCUCCUGGUCUGCUGCUGCACCCUGUCCAGCUCUGGCCAUACCCAUGGGGGCCAGAGCCUGGAAGGUUACUGAUAAAGGCCAAAGAGUAAGGGCUGCACAUGUGCCUGUGUGCAUACGUGGGUGCCGUUGUAGGCAGUGUGUGUGUGUGGUGUGCGUUCUGUGUGUGCCAUGCCUCGUGUGCCCUCCCCAAGGCCAUAGGUUCAGGCAAAGACCAGGUCCCUAGACCAAUUCUGUGAACAUCUCCCAGGGCCCGCUGCACCCUCCAGGGCAUCUCUAGCCUCCCCCAGCUUCCUUGGGUGCCUGUGGCCUUGUGUCAGUGAGGCCCCCAGACCCAGACUCGGGGAGACCAGUCCCUGGGCACUCAGUGGCUAAGCAGGAGCCACCAGCCUGGGCCUCAGGUCCAUUGCCACACCUGGUGCUGGCAUGACUGCUGCAGCCCAUUUGAUUACAGCAUUUCCUCCCUUAUUUGCAUGCCUCCCCACCCAGGCCCAGCUGUGAGCUCUGUCCCUGAAGGGAGGCACCUGCCCUCUGAGGCCUUGGGAUCCCCGAAGCUUCUAGGCCACAGACCCUCAAGGUGCACUGUUCCCAGACAGGCUGAGGCCAUGACCCCCACCUCAGGACCCUCCCCACCCAGUCAUGGGUGAGAGCCAUGCUGACCAGCCAUCCACUGUAUUUUUGGUUGCCGGGCUGUGCAAUACCCCAACUCAGGCUGCCCCUGGGCCUGCAGUCCACUCUGCUCCACACCGACUAUAGACAGUGCCUCCCUGGGCUGGGGGGAUAGUGUGCUGCCCCACUGUCACCUCCAUGACUAUCUCACAUCAGCUGGAGAUUCCAGGCCCCUCUGUCAAGCAGAUCCAGGGCGACCCCUGCAGAACAGCUGGGUACCAGGGGUUUGGACACAGGUAGUAAUGUCACAGACAGUAGCUGCUUAGAGCCUGCCUGCCUAGGUCACCAUCACCCAGAGGGCCUGUUGGUGCCAUCAGGAUAAGAAGCCCAAUGUGAGCACACCUGAGAGGCCCAGGAGAUGGGGGUGACUCCAGGGCCCCAAGGAGGCAGGUGAGCAGGCAAGCACUUUGCUAAACAAAUCCUGUGCCCCUCCCUGCCUGACUCCCCAUAUCUGGGGCCCCAGUCAGUCUGCCCACUUGCUACUGGAAGUUCAAGCGCAAGCAGUCUGUCCUGCUGCUGGAAGCUGCCACCUGCCAUGCUGGGCCUGACCUUCCUGGGUCUCGUGGCUGCACUGGGUAUCAGGCCAGGGGCCCCACUGUGCCUGUCCCAGCAGCUCAGCCUGCCUGGGGACUAUAUUCUGGGCGGGCUUUUCCCCCUGGGCUCAGCCGAUGAUACUGGGCUAGGUGACAGGACGCAGCCCAAUGCCACCGUCUGCACCAGGUUAUCGGCCCCCGGCCUGCUCUGGGCACUAGCUGUGAUGAUGGCCGUGGAGGAGAUCAACAACGCAUCCACCCUGCUCCCUGGGCUGCGUCUGGGCUAUGACCUCUUUGACACAUGCUCGGAACCUGUGAUCGCCAUGAAGCCCAGCCUGGUGUUCAUGGCCAAGGUGGGCAGCCGCAGCAUCGGUGCCUACUGUGACUACACGCAGUACCAACCCCGUGUGCUGGCCGUCAUUGGGCCCUACUCGUCCGAGGUCGCCCUGGUCACUGGCAAGUUCUUCAGUUUCUUCCUCAUGCCCCAGGUCAGCUAUGGUGCCACCACCGACCGGCUGAGCAACCGCGAGACGUUCCCAUCCUUCUUCCGCACGGUGCCUAGCGACCGUGUGCAGGCUACGGCCAUGGUGGAGCUGCUGCGGGGGCUGCGCUGGAACUGGGUGGCCGCUGUGGGCAGUGAUGACGAGUAUGGCCGGCAGGGCCUGGGCCUCUUCUCCAGCCUGGCCAAUGCCAAGGGCAUUUGUAUUGCUUACGAGGGCCUGAUGCCGCUGCCCCGGGCUGGUGGCCUGCGGCUAGGCUCCGUGCAGAGCCUGCUGCACCAGGUAAACCACAGCAGCGUGCAGGUGGUGGUGGUCUUCUCCUCUGCCCACGCUGCCUACAGCCUGUUCAGCUACAGCAUCCACUACAGGCUCUUGCCCAAGGUAUGGGUGGCUAGCGAGACCUGGCUCACUUCAAGCCUGGUCAUGACACUACCGGGCAUGGAGCGGGUGGGCACGGUGCUCGGCUUCCUGCAUCAGGGUGCCGAGAUGCCCGAGUUCCGGUCCUAUGUGCAGACCCGCCUGGCCCGGGCCGCAGAGCCUGCCUACUGCGCCUCGCUAGAGGCAGGGCAGCUGGGUCUGGAGGAGCAUGUGGUGGGGCCACGCUGCCCCCAGUGUGACCGUGCCUCCCCGGAAAACGUGACCGAUGGGCUGCUAUACCACCAAACCUUUGCCGCCUACGCAGCUGUGUACAGCGUGGCCCACGCACUUCACAAAGCACUGCUCUGCAACUCCUCAGGCUGCCCCACACAGGAGCCUCUGCGGCCCUGGCAGCUCCUGGAGAAUAUGUACAAUGUGAGUUUCCGCGCAUACAACCGGACCCUGCAGUUCGACUCCAGCGGAAAUGUGGACCUAGCUUAUGACCUGAAGCUGUGGGUCUGGCAGGACCGGAUGCCCAUGCUGCGCACUGUGGGCAGCUUCAACGGCAGCCUGGAGCUCCAGUUCUCCAACAUGAUCUGGCACACCCCAGGAAACCAAGAGCCUGUGUCCCAGUGCUCGCGGCAGUGCAGGGAGGGCCAGGUGCGCCGCGUGAAGGGCUUCCAUUCCUGCUGCUACGACUGCGUGGACUGCAAGGCAGGCAGCUACCAGCGCCACCCAGACGAUGCCCUCUGCAGCAAGUGUGACCAGGACCAGUGGUCCCCAGAUGGUAGUACCCGGUGCUUCCCCCGCACGCCCAGGUUCCUGGCAUGGGGGGAGCCGGCCGUGCUUGGGCUGCUCCUGCUGCUGGGCAUCGUUCUGGGUCUGGUGCUGCUGGCCCUGGGACUCUUCACCUGGCACCGGGACAGCCCACUAGUUCAGGCCACAGGGGGGCCCAGGGCCUGCUUCGGCCUGGCCUGCCUGGGCCUGGUCUGCCUCAGCGUCCUUCUAUUCCCUGGCCAGCCCAGCACUGCCAACUGCAUGGGCCAGCAGCUGCUGCUCCACCUCCCGCUUACUGGCUGCCUGAGCACACUAUUCCUGCAGGCAGCUGAGAUCUUUGUGGCCUCAGAACUGCCACCCAGCUGGACAGACUGGCUCCAUAGCCGCCUGCAGGGGCCCUGGGCCUGGCUGGUAGUGCUGCUUGCCAUGCUGGCAGAGGCGGCACUCUGCUCCUGGUACCUGGCGGUCUUCCCACCAGUGGUGAUGACAAAUUGGCACGCGCUGCCCACGGAGGCACUGGUGCACUGCCGUGUGAGCUCCUGGAUCAUGUUUGGAGUGGUGCAUGCCACCAACGCCAUGCUGGCCUUCCUCUGCUUCCUGGGCACCUUCCUGGUACAGAGCCAGCCUGGCCGCUACAACAGUGCCCGCGGCCUGACCUUCGCCAUGCUGGCCUACUUCAUCACCUGGGUCUCCUACAUCCCCCUCUUUGCCAAUGUACAUGUGGUCUCCCACCCGCCUGUGCAGAUGGGCACCAUUCUCUUCUGUGUGCUGGGCAUCCUGGCCACCUUCCACCUGCCUAAGUGCUACCUGCUGCUGUGGCGGCCUGACCUCAACACCCCCGAGUUCUUCUUGGGAGGGGGUCCCAGCGAUGCCAGAGGGCAAGGCAGCAGUGGGCACGAGGAGGAGACUCGGGAAAAACAAGUGACCCUUGAGUCAGUGACCUCACCCCAGUAAACUCAGACCUCGUUGAGGUACUCCCAAACCAAGUCUCCAUGCAGCAACCUGCAGACUGUGCUUUGACUCCACUGAGACUCACAGCCCUAGAUUCAUGUUGACCCCAGACCUCCAGAGUGCAUAAGCGGCCUCAGCCCAAUGGGAUCUCAUCACCUGGGGCCCCAGAGUUAGGCUCUGUCUUGUCCUGGCCGAGCCCUGGCCUACACAGGUGACCCAGCCCCACUGUUCCAAUCAGAGGCCCAUAGAGGGUUCUUGGGGCUCCGUGAAUCCUACACUGAGUGCUCAGGGAAGACCCCAGGGACCACAUGAAGGCAAAACUGGGUGUCACUUGCCUAGCUGGGCCCAGUGGGAGCCCCCUACCCAGCAUCCUCUCCAAGCAUCACAAGAGUGGGAUGUUGGGAGGUGGCUGGGGCUUUCUCAACCCCUCUGCAGGGGUGUGUACCUGACCUGGGCCCCAGCGCAAGGCAAGAGGCCUCCUCAAAUGGGAGGGGGCACCCAGCUUCCUUCUCUCUCCCUGGCUGGUGAGCCAGCAGAAUGGCGGCCAUCACCUCCAGCACCACGGACAGAGCCCAGGCAGGGUCAGGGGGGUCAGCACUAUGGCCAGCACCAGCCACAGGGACCCCUACCCCUCACCCUACCCCUGCCCCAGAGCCAGGAGCCAGCACCACGGACAGAAGACUGCCUGCCAGGUUGGCUGUGCUCAGGGCCUUGGUGAGCUGGCACCCAGAGGACAGCACCAAGCCAGUCCUGGGUCAGUUCUCAGCUGGUCCCUGGGGAAGUUGACCCAGUCCCUGCAUCCCAACCUCCUAAAGUGGGAGAAGAGACACAGGUCACACGUCAGUCCCAUAAAAUUAAACGCUUUUUAGUGUUUAAAAUA